UCGCACGGUUCGGCAAGUGGCAUCAGGCAGCAAACACAAACCAUAAUACACCGAAAAAUUAUAUGAAUACUAUUCGCAGGGGUAGGUUUUUGAAGGCCCCGCGAGCCGAUCGAGAAUUCUUGACGGGAGUGCGUGUUUAGCGAUUGUGUGUGAGUGCGUGUCUUUCGAAACUUUGUGUGUGAGUGUGUGUGGGUUAACAAGGCGCAUAAUUAAUCAUUCAAGGAGUGGCCAAGCCAAUAGACUUUAAUGCAGCAAUUUGCCUGAUUGAUGGCUGGACAUGGCUCGGAAACAUCGUUCCGUAUCGACGGGAAUCGCAGUCUAUUAGCAGAAUGCUGCAUUGCCGCAGCGGGGCAAUUUAUUGCCAACAAAAACAACAGAAGAAUCAACAACAACAACAACUAGAAGACAAAUUUUGCAACUAGAAAAUAUUCUGUGACCCGGUCCAGCUACCUCUUCCAUUCACUAUUGACCAUUUCCAAUCCUGAAACCUGAUUCCGAAACGAAUCCUCGGUCCUUGUAAUGACAAAUGCAAUGAGGGCGAUUGCUGCACUCGCUUUAACGGCGGGCGUGGCGGUGGUCAGUGGCAGCACCAGCCUUGGCAGCAGCACCACCAGAACCGCCAUCAGCAGUACCACCCCCGCCGGCACCACUACGAGCCACAUCAGUCACAAUGGCAAUGGCAACAGUAGCACAGCCAAUGGCACUCUGCUGGACGCCGAUCACCUGCCGCUGCAGCUGACGACCGCCAAAGUGGACCUGGACAUUGAAAUCGACAUCCAACUGCUGACAAAUGGCUACGAUGGCACAACGCUGACAUCGUUCUACAAUGAGAGCAGCUGGACGAAUGCCUCUGAAAUGGAUACAAUAGUUGGCAUCUUCCUAUCGGUGCUGAUAUUCCUCUCGGUGGCCGGAAACAUCCUGGUAUGUCUGGCCAUAUACACGGAGCGCAGUCUGCGCCGCAUCGGCAAUCUGUUCCUGGCCUCAUUAGCGAUUGCGGAUCUGUUCGUGGCCUCGCUCGUGAUGACGUUCGCAGGUGUCAACGAUUUGCUGGGAUAUUGGAUCUUUGGAGCACAAUUUUGUGAUACCUGGGUGGCCUUUGAUGUCAUGUGCUCGACGGCUUCAAUUCUCAAUCUCUGCGCCAUCUCCAUGGACCGCUACAUCCACAUCAAGGAUCCGCUCAGAUACGGCCGCUGGGUGACACGACGCGUGGCUGUCAUCACCAUUGCCGCCAUUUGGCUGCUGGCCGCGUUCGUCUCGUUUGUGCCCAUAUCCUUGGGCAUCCAUCGGCCCGACCAGCCGCUGAUUUUCGAGGACAACGGCAAAAAGUAUCCUACAUGCGCCCUGGACCUCACGCCCACCUACGCCGUCGUGUCCAGCUGUAUCAGUUUCUACUUCCCUUGUGUGGUCAUGAUUGGCAUCUACUGUCGGUUAUAUUGCUAUGCCCAGAAGCAUGUGAAAUCCAUCAAGGCCGUGACCCGACCCGGUGAGGUGGCCGAAAAGCAGCGCUACAAGAGCAUCCGCCGCCCCAAGAACCAGCAGAAGAAGUUCAAGGUACGCAACCUGCACCACAGCUCCCCGUACCACGUCUCCGAUCACAAGGCCGCUGUGACGGUGGGCGUGAUUAUGGGCGUCUUCCUCAUCUGCUGGGUGCCCUUCUUCUGCGUCAACAUCACGGCGGCCUUCUGCAAGACCUGCAUCGGAGGCCAGACCUUCAAGAUACUCACCUGGCUGGGCUACUCGAACUCGGCCUUCAACCCGAUCAUCUACUCGAUAUUCAACAAGGAGUUUCGCGACGCCUUCAAGCGUAUCCUGACCAUGCGCAAUCCCUGGUGCUGUGCCCAGGACGUGGGCAAUAUUCAUCCGCGGAACAGUGAUCGCUUCAUCACGGACUACGCCGCCAAGAAUGUUGUGGUGAUGAACUCGGGCCGCUCCAGUGCCGAACUGGAACAGGUCUCUGCAAUUUGACCAAAAGGUCGAUGUCUGAAUCUGGGAGGAUGCACCGGAGGAGAGAGUGGAGGAGCUAACUGGCUGCCAUGCGGUUGCGGCGGCCUCCGGGUGGACGACGAUGACGAUGGGGCCCUGACCACGCGUUACGUUCCAUGAGAUUCGGUCACGGCACCCACGGCCACCAUCGUGGAGACCGUGGAGGCCGCUCAAAUGGAGACGGAGCUGCUCUAGGCCGCCAACUGGGUUCCUAAAAGCAAACCAAAAUCUCGGUUCUAGUUUGAAAUAUUACUUCCCCCAAGAUUCCUAAAUACCAAUGGAAACCUGUAAGUAUUAAAA